CCGCGGUUAUUGAGCUGCAGACUGUUAAAUACGUGAUUUCUUCAAACUUGUUUCACGUUUUGCAGCCGGUUGUCGCCUCUUUUAGCUCGGAAUCAUAUGAAGUUGUUACAGAAAAGUUGCGGGCGCUUACAGGGACGAACCGCGGCGGCUCUCAACCGAAGGAAUUUCUUCAUUAGCGGCAACUCAUCCACCUUGCUGUCCCGCUAGCACUGGAGCUAAUCGGCGUUAGCCGCAGCUGUUCCGUGGCUUGAAUCCGACGGAGAUCUGCGGGAAUUAUGUCUUCAUCUUCGGGGAAUCGUGUUUCGAAAUAAGUCGGGAUCAGACAACGGGGACUGCUAGCUCGCUAACUAGCUACGUAGCCGACUUGGCUAGCUUGCUAACUGGAUUGUCUUUCACAAAAGGGCACCGCGUGAACAAGAGAGUCGGUAGCACGUUUAACGCGGUGCUUUUUACUGUUUUUUUUAUUGUUUGGACUGUCGCUUAAAAGAUCCUUCCAGCUAUCCAGGAUGAACGGGUUUAGCACGGAGGAGGACAGCCACGACGGACCGCCCGCUCCGCCGUUUUACGGACAGAGCUGCUGCCUGAUCGAGGACGGGGAGCGCUGCGGCCGGUCAGCUGGAAACGCAUCCUUCAGCAAGAGGAUCCAGAAGAGCAUAUCGCAGAAGAAACUCAAGCUGGACAUCGACAAGAGCGUGCGACAUCUCUACAUCUGCGACUUCCACAAGAAUUUCAUCCAGAGUGUCCGCAACAAGAGGAAGAGGAAGACCAGCGACGACGGAGGCGAGUCUCCAGACCACGAUGUGGAGGUGCCGGAGGUGGACCUUUUCCAGCUGCAGGUGAACACAUUGAGGCGCUACAAGAGACACUACAAGCUGCAGACCCGACCCGGCCUCAACAAGGCCCAGCUGGCAGAGACGGUGAGUCGCCACUUCAGGAAUAUUCCGGUGAACGAGAAGGAGACGCUCACCUACUUUAUUUACAUGGUGAAGAGCAGCAAGAGCCGCUUGGACCAGAAAGGCGACGGCGGGAAACCGCUGGACUAAAAAAAACCUCCUCCGACGGCGGCAGAAAGCAAAACAAAACAAAAAAAAAACCAGACGUCACCGGUGAGCAGCAGCAACCAAAACCACCGCGACGCGAACUCCUGCUGUCCCCGAGGAUGUUUAAACCGGAAGCCGGGCGAGACGUCGGCCUCGUUUUUUCGGACCAGUUUUGCUGUUUCUGUCUUUCUGUCCCGACGAACAACGUCUCCGCACGAUAUCGAGCUGCCUUAAAGAAACAAACAACAAAACAAACCUGGAUUCCUUUGAGUCGACUGUUACCACCGCGACGGACGCUGGUGCCAAACAGGAAGGUGUUUCGGAGCAGCUGUUUUGCUUUUUCUUCUUCUUGUCUAUGAAAUAAACGGGGGCUCAGGUUCAGUCGAUGAAAACUGCAAAUUCAAUCUUUAAUAAUGUCGCAGCUGAACCGAGUUCCAACCUCGAGGACGUUUGAAGGCUUCAGCCGCGACUCUCCUGCUUGUUAGUUUUUUUUUUGUUUUUUUUUUAAGUACGAACACUUCCUGGUUUGUUUCUCAGUGCGUAGCCGGUGUCGGUAGCUUCUUUCUCUGUAACCCACGUUUUAGUUCAGCCUUAAUUCUGCAAAGUGUGUAAAGUUUGAUUUUCUCCAUCUUUUCAUUCUUAUUUGUUAUCGUGUCCACAUGAAGUGAAAGCUGUUCGCCAGAGGAAUCGUCUUUUUUUAAUAUUUAAGAGUCGCAGCGACAAAACGACUAUUCCUGGUUUAAACGUGGCCGUCGGCUGCUUCCUACAAAUCACAAUUUUAAUCGAAGCUGGUUGGUGACAUUUUUAAUUUUUUUGUCUUUUACAUGCAUUUAGAUGAAACUUUGCUUCAUGGGUUUUUUUCCCAAAACAUCUGAAUUAAUUUGGCACCAAAACCACAACAGUUAGGUGUUUUUUUUUUAGAUUGGGUAUUUUGUUGGUAAAAAGCUGCAGCUUGUGAUGGAAAAUGACAACAUCCAAUCAAACUGUGCCGAGCAGCUUUCUAGAACUUCUAAUGCACUGCUGAGGCCUCCAGGCGACGGGCCGCCGCCACGCCGUCCGAUGGGCGGCCCAGUGUUUGUACUCACGGUUUGGGUUUUCUGUUGGGAUUUUAAAGUACUUAAGUUCGUCCACCACACUGACUUCACCUGGUUCUUUUUUUUUUUUUUAGUGUCUGUUUUCAGUUUUGCUCGUAGGUUUUAGCGUCAUG